AUGACCCACUACGAUACGCGCACCUCUGUUGCAGACCUUGUGGGAAACACCCCAUUGGUCGAACUAACCAAGCUUCCCAAAGCUUUAGGUGUCAAGGCCAAGGUUUUUGCCAAGCUCGAGUUAUACAAUCCAGGUGGCUCAAUCAAAGAUAGAAUUGCGAAGGCAAUGAUAGAGGAUGCCGAAGCCUCCGGAAGAAUCCACCCUUCCAGGACCACAUUGAUUGAACCCACCUCUGGUAACACCGGUAUUGGUUUGGCUCUGAUGGGGGCUGUCAAAGGUUACAGAACUAUCAUCACUUUGCCAGAGAAGAUGUCGAACGAGAAAGUGUCAGUCUUGAAGGCUUUGGGCGCUGAGAUUAUAAGAACGCCUACUGCUGCUGCGUGGGACUCGCCAGAAUCUCACAUUGGUGUGGCGAAGAAAUUGGAAAAAGAGAUUCCAGGUGCUGUCAUUUUGGAUCAAUACAACAACAUGGAAAACCCACAGGCACACUACUUUGGAACAGGUAAGGAAAUCCACCAUCAGCUUCAACAGUUGAACCAGUUCUCGAAUCUACACGGUGUAGUGGCCGGUGCUGGUACUGGUGGUACCAUCAGCGGGAUCUCCAAGUAUUUGAAAGAACAAAACUCGAACAUCAAGAUCAUUGGCGCCGAUCCUGAGGGUUCAAUUUUGGCCCAACCGGACAAUUUGAACGAGACAGAUGCCACUGAGUACAAAGUGGAAGGUAUUGGUUACGACUUUAUUCCUCAAGUCUUGAACAGAGACUUGGUUGACACGUGGUACAAGACCAACGACAUAGACUCCUUCAGGUAUGCACGCCAGCUGAUUGCCAGCGAGGGUGUUCUGGUUGGUGGUUCAAGUGGUAGUGCCUUUUCUGCGAUGGUCGAAUAUUCCAAAGACCACCCAGAAUUGACCGAAGAUGAUGUCUUGGUUAUUAUCUUGCCAGACUCUAUUAGAUCAUACUUGACUAAGUUUGUUGAUGAUGAAUGGUUGAAAAAGAACGACUUGUGGGACGACAGCAUUCUAAAGCCAUUGGGGAGAAGUCAAAAAGAUAUUUUCAACGGAGCUACUGUGGAAGACCUCAAGCUGAAGCCUGUGGUAUCCGUUAAGGAAGAUGCCUCGGUCGGGGAAGUUGUUAAGAUCUUGACAGACAAUGGUUUUGACCAACUCCCAGUGCUGGCCCAGGAUGGCAAGUUGUGUGGUUUGGUCACCCUUUCGCAGCUUUUGAAGAGGCUCUCUUCCGGUGAGGAAGUCAAGAGCAUUAGAGGCCUAUUUUUCGAUUUCAGAGGUCUCAACAAUUUUGAUGAAGUUUCAUCUUACAACGAAAACAAAUCUGGUAAGAAGAAGUUUGUGGAAUUUACCGUUCAGAGUAAGCUUUCGGAAUUGAACCAGUUUUUCGAGAAGAACUCUUCUGCCGUUAUCACUGACGGACUGACCCCAGUUCACAUUGUCACCAAAAUGGAUUUGCUUGGAUUCUUGGCCUAA